CCGAACCAUUUUGGUAGUUGGGUAUUCCUUGCACAAAAAACUUUCCUCGGACGCAAAAAUCUAUCCUGUUUUCCACGACUAUUCUUUCCACACUUCCCGAACGACGGCCACGGCCACAGAACCGCAAGUGCAAAUCCUGCCAAGCUCCACCUUCAAGCAACCGGAAGGAAAGUGAAUCGAAGUAGUGCAGAUUCGUACAGGAGUGCCCCAUCGCAAGUGCUGCUGCUCCGCAUUGUUAUUGUGCCCGCUUGGCCGUACACUGCACCGCGUUUGCAUGCAUUUAUUCUACCCCACCGUGAUUUACUAGUGCGGGUGCGAUAGUGUGAACCGGGCGUGUAGCAGGAUCGGUCGAAAAUGAUUAGCAUUGAUAAGAUCAAGGAAAGCUUCCCCAUCCAUUGGCACGUAUGGAACAACGAUUAUCAGGAGCUGCAGCAAGCCAUCAGCGAGAAAACGCAUGACCUAGAAAAGCUAGAUUCCCGGGGUCGAACACCGCUAAUGCUUGCGGUGAAACUGUGUCACCUGGAGUGUGUUAAAGCGCUGCUAGCCGCCAAAUGCAAUGCCAAUGUCGAAUGCGAUGGAUGGUCAGUCGUCCAGGAAGCGGUCUGCUCCGGCGAUGCCAACAUACUGACCGCAAUCCUCGAGGUGCGUGAUUUGCAGCGCCACAUCAAGCGCGUCUCGCACGUGCCGCAGCUGCUGCAGCACCUGCAGGACACGCCGGACUUUUACAUCGAAAUGAAGUGGGAGUUCACCAGCUGGGUACCGCUGAUGUCGCGCGUCUGCCCCAGCGACACGUACAAAGUGUACAAGCGCGGCUCGAACGUGCGCAUCGACACGACGCUGCUCGGGUUCGACAACAACACGUGGCAGCGGGGCAACCGCAGCUACAUCUACAAGGGCCAAUCGAAGACGGCCAGCAUGAUCGAGAUCGAUCACGACACGGGCGAGGUGUCGGUCGAGCACAUGCGCAACAUCGAGGAGGAAAACAUCGACGGCAUUCGGCCGAGCCGGGAGGCGGUCAACCUGCGGCUGCAGGCGCCGGUCAUCUGCAACCACAUCGACAUGGACAAGAUCAGCUUCGAGCGCAACAAAUCCGGCUUCUGGGGCUGGCGCAGCGAGAAGGUCGAAUCGAUCAACGGGUACGAGUGUAAGGUGUUCGGGGCCAGCAACGUCAAGUUCAUUACGCGCACCCGCAACGAGCAUCUCGGGAGCGAGCAGUCGCGCGUGAAAAAUUCGCGCACACCCCUGCAACACUUCCUGGGCAUGACGGAGGAAGAUUACGAUCAUGCCGCGGUGGCAGGAUCGAGUACAAGUGCACUUAGGGAGCAGCAGCAGCCGCUCGUGCCGCCCUACAGCAGCGAGGACGAUCGGUCGCCGGAUGGGGCGGAGGGCGAAAGUAGCGGCGGCAGUGGGCAGCAGGAUACGGCAGCACCCACGGCCGAGGAGUACUUUUCCGACGUCGACCUGAACGGGCGGGACGUGGGCAAACCAAAGCGAAUCACUGCCAAAGAGCAAAUGUUUAAGGCAAACAUUUGGCUGAGCGAGGAGUUUCCGAUCAGGCUGCAGGAGCAGGUGUUACCCAUACUGGAUCUUAUGUCUACCAUGGCCAGCCCGCACGUUUCCAAGCUGAAGGACUUUAUAACGAUGCAGCUUCCCGCAGGAUUCCCUGUUAAAAUUGAAAUUCCACUCUUCCAUGUGCUGAACGCGGUUGUUACGUUCGGGAACGUGUUUGCGAUCGAGAAUCCGGUCCCGCAUGUCAGUCACAUCCGCGAGAGUGACGACCGGGUAACGUGCGUCAUCGACGAUGCGUGUUUCGAGGCACCGAGCGGGUACGGUGUCCGUCGUGGUAUUGCCGACUUCCGGCAGCAGCUCACGUUCGAGGAUGAGGACGAGCUGAUGCAGUUCGCCAUUCAGCAGAGUCUGGUGGAUUCGGGCAGCGAGAACGAUAAGGUCGACAUCUGGGAGGCGCUCAAGGCGCCGAGACCACUGACGCCGCAGUACUACGAGGACGAGCAGCUGCAGAGAGCUUUGCAAGAAUCACUGAUAACCGGAUUUCAAAGCAGUAGCAGUAGCACAGCGACCGGCCACCCAUCACCACCCCUACCACCCGCCCUAGCGCUCGACCACCAAGCGGACGCAGCCGACACCGUGCCGGACUAUCUGGACCCGAACCUGGAGCUGGCGAUAAAGCUUAGCCAGGAGGAGGAAACACGCCGCGAGGAGGAACGGAGGCGCGAGGAGGAAAUGUUGGCCGAAGUGUUGCGGCUUAGCUUGCAGGAGAAGUAGGGGGCACACGCAGUCGGGAAUUGCCUGACUAGCGUGGCACUACAAAACAGAAAAACAGAAGGUUACCCCCAGAAAGUCGAGAGUGGCGAGAGUGAGCCGUGCCGCGAACCUGUCCAAUUUCCCCCCGAAGGGUGCUACGUGAAAGGCAUGUGUAUUUAGCAUUUAAGGCGUGGGGUGGGCGAAAUGCGUAUUAUUUAAGUUAUCCACGCGGCUACUCUGCUACGGCUGUGCGCGGAAGUUGUCCAGCCUCAUCAUCCCACUUGAAACCAAUUGGUUACGCUACCCUCCGGUAGGUGCUCGGGACGGCUGCCCCGACCCGUCCCGUCUAAACGUCCAGUAGCUUCUUAUUUAUCAGUACCGAAUCGCAUCAUGUCGCAGACAUCAAUGCGCGUAUGCCCCUCCCAAUAUUCCCACUUCCUCCAACCGUUCGACGCAAGCAUCCCGGAACAGAAAUUCCAUUUUGCCGCGCUGUUGGAACUAAGCCUACUACCCCGUGUACAAAGUGAGUCAGAAUGAGCGAAUGAGUUAAAUCUUAACAAUGAGUGAGAUGAUUUAAAUCAUCACUAAGAGUAAUGUGAGUUAAUUUCCCCGUGCCGAUUAAGCAUUCACGCACUACGGUUUAACUCACUGAGUACGUUUAAGGGGCGUUCCGGUGGCCAAGGCGAUAGCGGUGCCGGUCUUCACACGACAGGACCGGGAUAAAAACCCCUUCUAGACCGACUCCACGUACGCAGGGCUGACUACUUUGCUACGGGUAAAAUCAAGCCACAGAAAGCCAGAAAUGGCAGGCCUGAGACCUGUCGUGGUUGUAGUGCCAAGGAAGAAGAAGAAGAAGAAGAAGUACGUUUGAACUCACUCGUGAGUUUAACAUCGCAUUACAUUAUUUUUAUUUCAAACACUCAAAUUGUUUUGACUGAAAUCAUCUUGCCAGCGUGUUUUAAUAAAACGAGUGAGUUAAAUCGUAGUGAGUGAGUUUAAGCACAGCGAGUGAAUGGUUAGUCGACACGGAGAGUUCAGCUCACCAAUGAGAUACUUAACUCAUGAGUGAAUUAAAACACAGUGAGUGAGUAGUUAGUCGGCGCGGAGCGUUAAAUCAUUCCUCGAGAUUUAACUCAUUAAAGAGUGAGUAUAAGAUUUACCUCACUCAUUCACUCUGAUUUAAAUCACACUGCUGAGUGGUUAUUCCCAUCACUAGACAUCGACGGGGGAAGGGUUUUGCUAACAGCCGGCAUAUUAAGCUAAGGUCUGCAAAGAAGUAAUAAGCAUGUUUCCUACCUGUAAUGAAGGGUGAGCUGCGUUGCGCCAAAGCUGAUCGGAUUGCGGAUAGCUAUUAACAAACCCGUUUGUACGCAAACACACACACACACACACUACUACCUGAAAGGCAAGUACAUUAGGAGCAGGAUAAAGAAGGAGCAAACUAAAGUGAAAUGCAAAACUAUUUUA